AUGGGGAAGAAAGCCGAAGCGGGAACCCCGAAGGAUAUCGCCAACCGGGCGAAGGCGAAGGGCCUGCAGAAGCUCAAGUUCUACUGCCAGAUCUGCGAGAAGCAGUGCAGGGACGCGAACGGCUUCAAGUGCCACUGCACCAGCGAGGCCCACCUCCGCCAGAUGGAGAUCUUCGGCAUGAACCAGGGGAAGUUCAUCGGCAACUACAGCGAGGAGUUCAAGAGGGCCUUCCUCAACCUGAUGGCCACGUCGCACAGGAACAGCAGGGUGAGCGCCAACAUCGUGUACAACGAGUACAUCGCGCACAAGACGCACAUCCACAUGAACGCCACCAGGUGGACCACGCUGACGGAGUUCAUCAAGUACCUCGGGCGAGAGGGCAUCUGCGAGGUGGACGAGACCCCGAAGGGCUGGUUCAUCACCUACAGACCCGAGGACAAGGAGGAGAAGAUGCGGCAGGCGAUGAAGGCCAAGCGAAAGCUCGCGGACGAAGAGGAGGACGAACGCAACGCGAGGCUGAUCCGAGAGCAGAUUGAGCGAGCCAACGCCGCGCUCCCGGAGCACGCCAAACGCCACGCCGAGGCGACGGAGCUGGACGAGAACGCCAAGGGGGAGCUGAAACUGAGCCUCGCCGGUGUCAAGCGCAUAAAGACGGCGGAGGAGCUCGACCGCGCCAAGCACCUGCCCACCGCGCUGGAGGCGUUCGACGGGGCCUCGCAGUUGGCCUCCGACGCCGGAGCGGGGCUCAAGGCGCAAGCCGCCAAGAAACCGUCCGCGCUCGACGAGAUCUUCCAGAAGGGCGUCGCGGCGAAGGAGGCCGCGAAGGCCAAACCGGUGGAUGCUCCCGCCUCGGGCGAAGAAACGCCGUGGCUCCAGCCCGGCAUCGUCGUCAAGAUCGUCUCCAAGGCGCUCCAGUCGGAGGGGCUGUACAAGAGGAAGGGCGUGGUUCGGCGGUGCCUUCAGGGGGGCUACGUGGCCGAGAUCGACGCGAUUGACACCGAUGCGAGGGUUCAGGUGGACCAGGCUGAGCUCGAGACGGUUCUUCCCUCGGUCGGGGGCGCGGUGGUGGUUCUCAAAGGGGAACACCGGGGUCUAACCGGAAAGAUGGACGGGCUCGAGACGGACAAGUACAAGGCGGUGGUGACGCUUCGGGAGGGACCCGGCAAGGGCACCACGAUGCGGUUCGACUAUGAGGACAUUAGCAAGCUCUCUAGCAGAUGA